AUGUUUGGCGGCAAGAAAUUUGAUCCGGACACGGAGAUUCCUGAUCUAACAGGGAAGACAAUCCUGGUGACUGGAGGUAACAAUGGCCUAGGACUGGAGACCUGCCGUCAGCUUGCCAAACAUAACGCCCAUAUCUACUUAGCCGCCCGAACACCAUCCAAGGCACAGUCUGCCAUAUCAGACAUUAAAGGGACAGCGCCAAAUGCCAAUAUAACCUUCCUAGAGCUGGACCUAGCUUCUCUCGAGUCUGUGAAAAAAGCUGCCGAUACUUUCAAUGCCGAGUCUGAUAAACUUGACGUUCUUAUCAACAAUGCAGGGGUCAUGGCUCUACCUGCCUCCACCACCAAAGAGGGGUACGAAAUUCAAUUCGGUACCAAUCAUAUCGGUCACUUCCUCUUCACAAAGCUUCUCAUGCCCACAUUGCAGCGCACCGCGGAGGGCAAAGGAGACGUACGCGUCGUCAAUCUCAGUUCAGAAGGGCAUAGGCUUCCUCCAAAAGGCGGACUUGUAUUGAAAGAUGCCCAUUCAAAUAUGGCCUCUUACAACACCUGGGUGCGCUACGGCCAGUCGAAGUUGGCAAAUAUCCUGUUCACGCGAGAACUCACUAGGCGCUACCCCGCCCUCAAGAGCGUUGUCCUUCACCCAGGAGGCAUUGACACUGGACUUUCCCUGGGUUUCCAGAAAGAACACCCAUGGCUCGCGGCAUUCCUUCGCCCUAUAGCCUCACCAUUCCUGACGACGGUCCAACAGGGUGCUCUCACGCAAUUGUUUGCCGCGACGAGCGAAGAGGCCAAAACUGGAACGUACUAUGUCCCUACUGCCACAGAGAAUGCUGGGUCCAAGUACUCGCGAGACUCGAAGCUGGCGGGGGAGUUGUGGGAGUGGACCGAGCAACAAUUGGCCGAGCAUGGGUAUUGA